UUAAUUUUGAUGUUAAUUUCGGCACUAAAUUUGUCAUUCGACCAUUUAUCUAGUGGCGAUCAUGUCGUCCAAGCUGGAAUACCUGCAGCGCUACAUGUCCGGCGGCGGUGGAGACGCUGCCGAGAAGAAGAAGAGGAAGACCAAGAAAGCCAAAAAGACCAAAUCUGCCGCGCUGGGUACACGCGUGGUGGACGCGGACGAUACGUGGGAACAGUCGGCGCCUAGUCGAGAGGCAAUUGAGAAGAAGUGGGAAAUGGACGCAGCUGAUGACGAACAGCCGCUGGUGGUUGCUGCGGACGGCGAGGAGCUGGUGGAUCCACAGGAUCUUCCGGUCUACGUGGACUCGGACAAGUACCUGGACGAGUUCAAUGGUAGAAAGAAGCAGCAGAAUAAGGCCGAGGACGGAGACCUGUCUCCACCGAGAAAGAAGUCGACAAAACGUGCUAAGAAUGAGGAUGGGGUGCCGCUGCAGGGAACCGGCGCUUCUCCACCGCGAAGACGCUCACAUACUGAAAAGAAAACGUCGAGAAGACGAAGAGAGGAAAGCGACGAAGAAACAUCGCCGCCAAGGAAACAGCGGCGUGAAAAGAGGAGUGGAAGUGAGGAAGGUGGGGGAGAUGCCUCACCGCCUCGACGAUAUACGCGUCGGGAGCGGGAUCAGGAAGAUGACGCAUCUCCACCUCGUAGACAUCGCAGUGGUGACACAGGUGAUGCUUCCCCGCCUCGUCGGAAGCCUAGCGAUGAGCACAGUUCAAGUAAAGGAUCUCGGCGUGUGCAUGAAGAGGACAGCGAUGCCUCACCCCCUCGUCACCGAGUAAAGAGGGAAGCCGAAUCUCUAGGUGCACGUAAGCCAAGUGCUAUUAAAGAGGAAGAUGCCUCACCUCUCAGGAAAUCACGCCGAGAUGACGAUGCCUCGCCUCCGAGGAGAUCCCGCCGAGAUUCCUUGAAACGCGACAAGAGAAGCUCGCCAACUCGAUCACCUGAUCGCCAGCGACGCGUAGAUUCUCUUGGCCGGGACAUUCCUCGUUCUAGUGGAAAUUCAAGGCGAUCUCGAUCUGAUUCAAGGGAAGUCAGGCGCCGUAGCAGAAAAUCCUCCAGAAGCCGAAGUAGAAGCCGUGACAGAGGACGCCGUCGUGGUCGGGAUCGCGACACAAGUGCUUCUCCUCGGAGAAGUAGAGCUCGCCACAGCCGCAGUCGAUCUCCGCGCUCACGUCGUCGUGACAGUCGCUCACCAUCCGUACGCCGCCGGCGUUCUCCAACAAGGUCGUCGAGGAGGAAAUCACCACAAAGAAAGGAGUCCCCACGUCGUCGUAGUCGCGAGGGGCAUCGCUCAACAUCUCCUCGACGCUCUCGCUCAAGAUCAAACAGCCCUAGACGCCGGCCUUCACGCCGCAAAUCGAUGGACACGAAAAUGAAAGACGAGAUGCCGGGUGACCGUGGAGUUCGUAAGGAUUCACAUGCGGCAGCGCAGUCUCCUUCGCCCGAAAAGUUCAAGACUGAGCCGCGUGGUAACAAAUCACAAGGCAGUGACGAGAAGGAGGUGAAGAGGGAACCGAAGAAGACAAGCGAUGACAAGGAAGAGAAGAAAGCGGGCUUGUUUACUGCUGCUGAGUUUGAACACCAGCGCAAGAUCGCAGCAAAGCGGAAAGAUGUUUUGCGUGGCGUUGAUGCGUCUGAAAUGGGUGCUAACGCUGAGACUGUGUAUCGUGACAAGCGCGGCCGGAAGCUGGACAUGCUCAACGAGAUGGUUCGCCAACAGGAAAUCUUGGAUGGCAAGCGGAAGCGUGAAGAGCGUGAAGAGUACGAAUGGGGUACAGGUGAAGUACAGAAGCGAGAGCGCAAGUCGCAACAGGAGCUGCUGGAGCAGAUGAAGAAGACCCCGUUUGCCAGGCAUGAAGACGACAAGGAGCUUGAGCAGAAGCGCCGGGAGCGUGUGCGUGCAUUCGAUCCUAUCAACAGCAAGGUGUUCCAGGAGAACCCUCUGGUGGAGGGCAAGACGAAGAAGAAGAGUAAGAAAAACAAGAAGACAAGCAAGAAGAAGCCGAAGUAUACCGGCCCUCCAGCCCCACCCAACCGCUUUGGAAUCCAGCCAGGCUAUCGUUGGGAUGGCGUUGUGCGCGGUACGAACUGGGAGGAAAAGAUCAUGAUGCGACAGAAUGCCAACAAUGCAGUCAGCGAGGAGGCAUACAAGUACGCAGUCGCUGACAUGUAACACUCGUGAACGCUAGAUAAAUGCCUUGACAAUGCAGACUACCACGUUAAAGUUUUCAAUCGAUGGCUUACGCUUAGUUGUGCUCCUUGUACAGCGCGAUGACCCGCUCGACAUCGCGCUUGCAGCCGAGGAAGAUUGGCGAGCGCUGGUGGAUGUCCGUCGGGACGAGGUCGAGGGUCCGCUGCGUGCCAGUGGUCGACAUGCCGCCAGCCUGUUCCAUGAUGAACGACAUGGGGUUGCACUCGUACAGCAGACGCAGCUUACCGUCCUUGGCCUUCGUGCUGCCCGGGUACAAGUAGAUGCCGCCGUACAGGAUGGUACGGUGGAUAUCCGACACCAUACUACCGACGUAACGCGCCGCGUACGCCUUGGGUCCGGUCUUGCACUCGU